CGGGCCGACCGAGGCGAAAGCGCGAGAAAUGAGCGAGUAGGCGGCGAGUCGGCUGGCGAGGGAGCGCAAUUCGGCCGUGGAGCAUCGCAGUUCGGCGGUCGAGGGCAGCGAGAGCGAGAGCAGGCGUCUGGCGACACUCACACUCACUCACACACGCCACGCCGCUGGCUGGCUGGCUGGCUGUGCGCCUGCUGAGAAUCGAUACGCUAGCGGGGGGCGGCGCGGAGGCGGGUGGGCGGCCGACCGCUGCUCGCUCGGUGGGCUGACUCGACUGGCUGGCUCAGUGUAUGUGCACCCGCGACGCACCGAACGCCCCUCUCGCCCGUGUCCGCCGCGCCGUGCUCGCCGCCGCCGCCGCUGCCGCCGUCCGUCCGUCCGUCGGCCGACUCAUUAGCAGCGAGAAAAUGCACUCGCGCAGAAAGUUGGCUGCGGAUUCGGCCCGAGACUAGAGCAGCCGGACGCCGCAGCCGCCACCGCCGUCGCCGCCGCCGCGAUCUCGGAGCAGCCCUGGCGUGACUCAGGAAGGGGCUGCAGACACCGGUCUCGUGGCCGACCCCUCGAGGAGGGAAUGUCCUCUGGUGGCGUCCCAUCGGCUGCUGCUACGGUGCGUCUCUCAUCUCCAUUGCAAAUACGCGCCCCGGGCCCGACGUCAUCGGGCGCAAUAAAAAAAGCUGACGUCCGUCGGGCCGAUUGUUGCGACAAUGUGAAACACGGUGUGUGCGUUCGUUCGCAGAGCUCCUCGCAAUGUUGCGGCCAGCACGGGUCACGUGGUCAUUCCGCACGGCGAGCCCCGCCCCUGGCGAUCCACGAGCAGGAGGUAGGGGUCGCGGACACCCUCCAACUCGAGCCCCUCACCGAGGAGGCCUUCGUCGCCAACCUGCAGCAGAGAUUCAAGAGAGACCUGAUUUACACGAGCGCUGGGGAUGUUUUGGUGUCGGUCAACCCCUACAAGAAGCUCGCCCUCUACUCUCUGGACGUGGUCGAAGCCUACAGGAACAGGCCCAUCCUUUCGCACCUACCACCGCACAUAUUUGCUCUUGCGGACAAAGCGCACUGGAAUCUGCGAGAACGCAACGAAGAACAAUGCGUGGUCGUGUCCGGAGAAAGUGGCUCAGGGAAAACGGAGGCGGCGCGCAUUGUUUUGCAGUACGUCACCGUGGCCGGCUCGGGGCCCUCGGGGGCUCAACAGGACCCUGCUCUCGCACCCAUCAAACUAAUCAGGGACCGACUCUUGCAAGCAGGACCUCUUUUAGAAGCUUUUGGAAAUGCAAAGACUCACAAAAACGACAACUCCUCCAGAUUCGGCAAAUAUUUGGAUGUAGAGUUUGACUUUAAGGGAGACCCCGUGGGAGGCACAUUCACGAGCUAUCUUUUGGAAAAGUCUCGCGUCACAAGACAAUUAGCGGGCGAAAGAAAUUUCCACAUUUUCUACCAACUCCUCACCGGUGCAGAUAUUCAACUGCUCAAAUCUCUCAAACUCCAUCGCAAUAUUGACAAUUAUGCAUUUCUUAGACCUAGUAGACCACUUAGUAUGGAAACAAUAGACGACAAAAGAGAUUUUCAAGUUACAAAAAAAGCCUUAGAAACACUAGGGUUCUCCGCCGAAGACGUGGUGCAAAUUUUCAAGGUGGUAGCGUCGGUGCUCAAGCUAGGAAACAUCGGAUUUACUCCAACGAGCAAUAUUGACGGCACUGAAGGAUGUACUGUUACAAAUGACUAUGAACUGUUUGAAGUUUGCGGGCUGCUCGGCACGAACCCUAUGGAGCUCACCUCAGCACUCACUCAACGCACAAUCCUGGCGGGCCCGGUGCUCGACUCGCCCUCGACCAACCCAGCGCCGCCCCCGCCGCCCCCGUCAUGCGGCUCCCUGCGGGGGGUCAAGUCGGGCGGCUGCUCGUCGUCGGCGGCAGGCACGCCGCCCUCGUUUGUGCCUUCGUCUUCCAUGUCCUCCACAGCCAGCAGAGAUGUUUACGAGGUGUGCGAAAUGCUGCAACACUCGACCCUGGCGCGACUGACCCUGGCCGAUGAGCGUGGCAGCACCUCGACUGCCGGAGAGCUAGUCGUGGCCGACCUGAGUGCUUCCGAGGCCACUGCCUCCAGGGACAUCCUCUGCAGGGCGCUUUACUCACGGCUUUUCGCGUGGCUAGUCAAGCAAGUCAACGAUGCAACAAGGGUGCGGAAAUACGGGAAAAGAAAAGUGCUGGGCAUAUUGGACAUCUACGGCUUUGAAGUGUUUGAGCAGAACGGGUUCGAGCAGUUCAUCAUCAACUUCUGCAACGAGAAACUGCAGCAGGCGGUGGCCGACUGCACCCUCAGGCAGCGUCAGGAGGAAAUGCUCAGGGAAGGCAUCGAGUGGACGCCGGUUGACUUUUUUAACAACACGCCCGUCUGCGAACUGAUAGAAAAAAACAACCAUGGGAUUUUGGCUGUGUUGGACGAGGAGAGCCAGCGGGGCGGCCCCGGCGGCGACGAGUCUUUCCUCGCCAGGUUAUGCCACACGUGCGGCUCCAGCGCAUACUUUGAGACGAGAAACUGCGCACCCCACUCGGCACCCUCAGACCUGCCUUGCAACACCAGUGUUCCGCCAAACUGCUUUAGACUACGCCACUACGCUGGAACCGUGACCUACGGCGUAACUGGUUUCGUGGACAAAAACAACGACACACUGCCACUCGAUCUGUCUCUUGCCAUGUUCCGCUGCGAACAUCCUUUGCUCAAAAACCUCUUUCCAGAAGGAAAUCCAAAGCGGACGACGCUGAAGCGAGCUGCGUCGGCGGGCACACAGUUCAAGAUCUCAGUGGGCGCGCUGAUGGGCAACCUGCAAAGCAAAACGCCGCACUUUGUCCGCUGCAUCAAACCCAACGAACUGAAGCAGCCACGCAUCUUCGAGAAUGCGCUCGUCCAGCACCAAGUCAGAUACUUGUGUUUGGUGCAGACAAUCAAGGUGAGGAAGAGCAGUUUUGCACACAGCGAGAGCUACGAGAGCUUCCUGCACCGCUAUAAAAUGCUGUCGCCGCACACUUGGCCCAGUUGGCGCGGAUCGGCCGUCGAGGGCGCCUCCUACCUGCUCAGGGACCUGCCCCUCUCUUCGCCGCACUUUGCUUUUGGCCGGACCAGAAUAUUCGUGCGUGGCGAGAGAACAGUGGCCGAGUUGGAAGAGUUCCGUCGACAGCGGCUAGAAGACCUGGCCGCGUUGGUGCAGAAAAUGUGGCGCGGAUACCGCUGUCGGCAGCGCUACAUCCUUAUGCGCCAGAGCCAAAUUGUGAUCGCGUCCGCGUGGAGGUCCUGGAGGGUGAGGGUUCAAGUUUAUGAGUGGCAGAUCGGCAAAACGCGCCUCUUCAAAGGCAAAAAGAACCUAUUCUGCCUGUACAGAGUGGCGAGAGAGGAAUACAGAGAGCUGAAACGGCGGAAGCAGAUCGAAUGGGCCGUUCAAGUGAUCCAGACACACUACCUCCAGUGGAGGAGGAGACAAUUUCUGCAGAGGCUAUGCGUCAGCCUGCCCUCUGAGUCACCGAUGUGUCGUGAGUGGCCCGCAGCCGCGAAAAGACUCUCGGACACCAGCCUACUGCUGCGUAGAAUCCAUCACAAAUGGAGGUGUCACAAAUAUCGACUGAAAUUUGAUCAGACUGCGCGCAACAGGAUGCGGGAAAAAGUGACAGCGAGCAUAAUUUUCAGAGAUAGGAAAGCUUCCUACCCAAGAAGUGUGUCACAUCCGUUUCUUGGUGACUACGUGAGACUGCGGCAAAACGUGCAGUGGAAAAAGAUCUGCGUGGAGACAAAUGAUCAGUACGUCGUGUUCGCGGACAUCAUCAACAAAAUCACCAGAUCGAGUGGAAAGUUCGUGCCAAUUUUGUUCGUUUUAUCGACAAGCUCGAUGCUGAUUCUGGACCAGCGGACGUUGCAGAUCAAAUACAGAGUGCCGGCGGCUGACAUCUACAGACUCUCGCUCAGUCCUUACCUCGAUGAUGUUGCUAUCUUCCACAUCAAGGCUGGUUGCGAGUUGCCGUCUCUGGCCCACGAGGCCGGGUGCAGCGACUGCAGUAGGGGUGGAGGCUCAAGUCCGUUGCAGGGAGCCGAACACGCCACCGGCUGUCUGUUUCAGAGCGACUACGGCAAGAAAAAGGGCGACUUUGUCUUCCACACGGGCCACGUCAUUGAGAUCGUCACCAAGCUGUUCCUCGUGAUUCAAAACGCGGUUGGCAAACCGCCUGAAGUCAACAUCAACACGGAAUUUGAGGCGAAUUUUGGAUCGCAGACGGUGAUGCUCUCCUUCAAGUGUGCUGGCCUGCCAGAGGUGCAGCCUGGACAGAUAAAAAUAAUGCGGAAAGGCAGUCGUAUGGAGGUUUUGGUAUGAGAUCGAACACCACAUGAAGUGACGCAUUCCCCAGAUUUGGACAGUACGGCGGGAAACUUCAGGUCCUUCCCGACUUCCAAAUGAGGAUUCCUGUGCAAUAAAAUCGAGGCGGAUUCACCAAAUUUAAACUUCACCAAAAAUGUGAUAGAAGAAUACCCAAAAACUGGACUUGUGUGGAGAAUUGAGUGCGAACUAUCGGUCCUUCCAGCUCCAACGGUUUCCUACGAAUACAUAUCUCACUUGUAAAUAGUUGACAACAUUUUCAACAAAUGAAACAUUUACUGUGGACGAAGAUCAAGAGCAACUCAGAGAAAUGCAUUUUACCUUCGUUGAACUAAUUAGCAAAGACGCCAUUCUGUGAAGAAGAGAGAGUUUUUGGUGCGCUUCAGACACGAUAUACGAGAGUUAUUAUUACAAAACGGGAGUUUGUUUAUGAGAACACUAGAUUCGCGUUGUUAAAGAAGAAAAGAAGUUGAAGAUUUUUGCUACGACACAAGUUUUAAGUAAUAUCUUGUAAAUACUGCGUUAUUGAGCUAAACUAAUGAUUGUGUGAGCAGGAAGCUAAUUAUAUAUUGCAAUUUAACUAGAGCAGGCAGAACAGUUAUAAUUAUAUAAACACAAGUUUUAAAAAAAGUUUUGAAUCUGCGUCUCACGUGACCAAAAAUUCUAUUAUACGCGAGAGAAAUAAGAGGACACACACGACAACUUUGUGAUUUACUGAUAUUGUUGACUACACGAUGAAGUAUUGCAAUAAUGAGAGUAAUUUAUAACAGACACGUUUCUUAGGCCGUUUUGGGCAGUUCACCUUUCAAAACGAGAGAAAAAGAUAUUAAAAUGCCAAAGCUACCUUUGUUAGCUCGAAACUCCGGUGCGAAAACCCCAAAUUUGCUGUUUGAAUUGUGCCAAAUAAUAAUGUUCGACCGAAUCUCCCGACUCUUGAGCAGCAAACUAAACAGAGCCAACUAUUUCCUUUUUAAAGUACUAUCUAAAUAUAGAAGGUGAAAAUCUCAUUGGACACCGAGGAACUCAUUUCAAAACGCAAUACACAGCAGUAUGCACAAUGGGUGCAGUUUAAAUGUAGAGAGACAAAGAUUUUAAAAUCGCUGCAGCAGUUUUUAAUGAAAACACGGUUAUAUUAUUGUACGUAGAUAUAUUAGAGAAAUUCCCCUGAAAAAGAGUGCGAGAAUGAUUGAUCAAAUCGGUUUUUGAAUUCCAUCUUGGCAGUGCCAAAUUUGCAAAACACUCCUCACGACCCUGAUACCAAUAGUUAUUUUUGCUGUGGUUUUUCAGAACACAAGUACCUCUGUCAAAAAUAAUUUAUUUUCCCUCUCUUGAUUAUUUUUCAGAUUGAUUUUUUUGUUAAAAUUUUGAGCAAAAAGGGAUAAACAAGAAUAAUGUGUGCUGUACAAAUAUUUGAAAUUCUUGAAAGGACAUGCUGGCACGUUUUAUAAAAAUAAAAUUGAUAUUUCAAAAUACA